AUGACGUGUCAGAAUGACUUUGAGUUCGGUCCCCAACUGGGCCGUGGAAGCUUUGGCGUGGUUUUCCAAGUGCGGCGGAAAGAGGAUGGCGUCACUUGCGUCUGCAAACAGAUCGCUCUCAAUGAGAUGAACCGCAAGGCUCGCCUGGAAGCUCAUCGUGAGGUUGAGCUACUUCGCAAAGUCUCCAGCGGCUGCAGCUUCAUCGUCCAAUACCUCGGCUCCUUCCUGGAAGGCGAUUCCCUCCACAUCAUCAUGGAAUUCUGUGAGAGAGGUGACCUGAGCCAACACUUGAGGAGCUGUCAUCGGGGUCUGGAGGAGCGCACUGUCUGGAGAUAUUUGCUGCAGAUUGGCUCCGGUCUGCUUUGGCGACACCAAAACAGGAUCCUUCAUCGAGACAUCAAGACGUUGAACGUCUUCCUGAAGACCAACGAUGACGUGCGUCUGGGCGAUUUGGGUGUGGCCCGCGUUCUCAGCAACACCAACUUUGCCAGUACCUUUGUUGGAACACCCUACUACCUGUCGCCGGAGAUUUGCGAAGAAAAGCCCUACAACGAGCUCAGUGAUGUCUGGGCCUUUGGCUGCGUGGUCUAUGAGAUGUGCACCUUGAGGCAUCCGUUUGAAGCCAAGAAUCAGGCGGCACUUCUCAUCAAGAUCCUUCGCGGGCAGUUUGCUCCCAUUGACACCAAGUAUUCAGAGGACCUGCGUGAGUUGAUCGAUGGAUGCAUGCAAAGAGAGCCGAUAGCUCAGCUCUCGAGAUCUGGGCAUUGGUGCCAGGUUGGUAAAGAGAACCAAACUCACAGAGCUUUUGGCAAAACCCAUCUCGAGGAGCUGGGCCGCUCGGAUGGAGAUUCCCUUGCAGGAAGUGAAGUCUUCCGCGCCCAGAAGAGAGAAGAGGGCCACGGCGGCUACGGGUCGAGCCACACCUCAGAUCCCCAAACAUCAGCCACCGCGCACACGAGUUCGAUUGGACCCUCGAGCCAAUGCGCGGCGCGAGGAGUCAAAGACAAUAUUGGUGGUCGGGACCCCGGUGACGCAACCUUGAGCCAUGAAGGGAGCCUCUCGAAGGGCCGGGAUGCUCAGAGAUGA